AUGGCUGAUGAACUACGUCAUCUUCGUAAAAAAGAACAAAUUCUGUGGAAUUUGCUUGAAAAUUUAGAAGACUUCCUUCAGGAACAUGAGGACUAUCAGGAGCAAUGUUCACUCCAGCCACGAUUAGUGAAAUUGGAAGAAGCCUAUGACACCUUUUGUGACUUGCGGAUUCAGAUCGAAACGGUUUUAGAAGAUUUGGACACGAACGACAACGACGAAGAUGACGAGAAGGAACGUACAGUUAGAAAGGAGUCCCAGAGGAAGGAAAACAAACAUGUGUUUAAGGAAUUUGUAAGCCGAUAUUUCUCGGUGAAACAACAGUUGUUGUCGAGGAUUGAGUCGAUCCCAGCUCGACCAACUGAAUCUUCGGUUUCCGACUCGACGUUACCGUGCCACACCAAAUUUCCCGAGCUAAAGCUGCCGACCUUUUCUGGAAAACUUGCUGAUUGGAUCAACUUCCGAGAUAAUUUCAAGUCGCUUAUUCACGACAAUGUCCAGUUAAAUCAGAUGGACAAGUUCAACUACCUCCGUGCGUCGUUAAGAGAUGAUGCUCUUCUCCAAAUCAACCAAAUUCAAGUAUCGGCGAUCAAUUACGGACUAGCUUGGAGCAUUUUGGAAUCUAAGUAUGAAAACCAUAAGCUGAUAGCCCAGGAGCACAUGAGCACACUCUUUGCAGCACCUGCCAUGCGAACGGAAAGUUUCGAAGGGUUGAAUACGUUGCUGACGACGUUCCAAACUAAUCUGCAGCAGUUGGAAAAAUUGAACCAGAAGCCAAGUAAUUGGAGUCCACUGUUGGCAUUUAUGCUGUCGCAGAAGUUGGACACAGAAACCUACCGACUCUGGGAAACUCACCAUGCUUCUAAAAACGUGCCUUCCUACGAAGCCAUGGUAGCGUUCCUAGAGAACCAGUGUUCGAUUCUACAGUCAACGGCCAGUCGCAAUGGAAAUGACAAUCAGCGGAAUUUGAGGGUCUCCAUCAGCCACAGUACGGUUACUGUCCAGAGUUUUUGUCCUAUCUGCAAAAGAGGACCACACAAGGCAGAGCAAUGUUCAAGUUUCAGCAGGAUGAGGGUGAUCGAUCGGAAGGUUUUAGUCCGAAGGUUGGGACUCUGCUUCAACUGUUUAGAUUCCGGACAUUUUGUUGCAGAAUGUUCACGUAGUUCCUGUUUGAAGUGUGGUCAGCGUCAUCAUUUUCUACUGCAUCCAUAUUCUCCAAACCAAAGUAGCCAUUCGAACACGCAAAAUUUCUUUCAAGCCUCACAAAGACCUCAACGCGCGAACAGUCAGUCAAGAAAUGAACCCUACUCGCAAUACGAUCAGUCCCGGACGAAUAGUAACCAACCUAUGUUAAAUAGCUCCCAAUCUACACAACAGCCACCUCCCACAAACACACCCACUGUUAGUCACCAUACUACUACUCUACUGAGUACCCAACAGAACACCCACACUGCUAUUCUGUCGACAGCCGUUGUCAUGCUCGCUGAUAGCAACGGAAACACAGUCUUGGCUCGCGCAUUGUUGGACAAUGGCUCUCAGACUUGUUUAUUCACCGAGGAGUUAUCAAAGAAGCUAAACUUCGUACGUUCUCAAGAAAAUGUUGCUAUCAAAGGUGUUGGAGGUUGUACAAAUGUUUCUAAAGAGUCUGUUAUUGCUCGAAUUGUGUCUUGUACAUCUACGUUUACUACCGUCGAAAGUAAAUUCUUUGUGUUACCUCAAAUCACGCUGGAUUUGCCCCAAAAAAGCAUCGAUGUCAACACUUGGAAACUGCCACCAUCCAUCAGUCUUGCAGAUCCCGACUUUAACAAAUCGAGAUCGGUUGAUAUUGUGAUUGGAGUAUCUUUGUUUUACGAUGUGAUGUUACCGGACCAGAUGAGGAUCAACGAUGCCGGUCCAAUGCUACAAAAUACACAUCUUGGAUGGAUUGUCGCAGGAGAGCUACCAGGAACACCGAUUGUGUCUUCUGGUGCUUCAAGGUUGAACUUUUGCUGGUUCGGGAAGACUUGUGCCGUUACGUUGAUUCGGGUGAGAAAGCAGAGCUACGGAAGCAGAAACUGUCUGGAAAGCUGGGGACGCCAAAGCCAGAGCUACUAUCGGGUUACUCAUCGAGGACAAUCAGCAUCCGCUAAUCCGUUCAUCGAAGACCGCGAAGGAAGCGUGGAAGGCGUUGGAAAACCACCAUCAAAAGGUCAGUCUAACAUCGAAGGUCUCGUUGCUCAAGAAAAUUUGUGA